AUGGCGUCAAUAAAGAAACAGCAACAACAUCAGCAACUUCAACAACAGCAACAACAUCAUUUAAGACCAUCUUCAAUUUUGAUAUCUGGAGAAAAGAAGCAAUUGAAUAGAAUCUUGGAAGAACAAGAAGCACAGAAUUUGAAAAGAAGCAGAGACAAUAUUGCAAGUGUGUUGAGAAAAAAUGCGCUACUCUUGAGCAGAAGAACACUGAAUAGUAACAACAAUAACAACAACAAUAACAAUAAUAUUAAUAAUAAUUAUAGUACUAUUAAAAGGAUUAUUUCCUUGAAGGAUAAGAGAAGUAAUUAUAGUAUUAGUAAUAAUAAUAAUAGUUUGAAAUCUGCCUGUCCCUAUGAUUCUGUAAGCAGUUUGACAAACGUCGAAUUAUUUGGCGCCAGCAACAACAACAACUUCAGCCGCAACGACAUCAGCCACAGCGACAACGUCAUCACUAAGAGCGUCAACAGCGUUAAGAAAUCGCAGAAUUCCCCUGAGAGCUCACAGCAUUCAGAACAUCUACAUAGGCCAAACGAUCGCUUGAAAAGGGCAUACAGCAUCCAGAACAUACAAUCCAAAGCUACCACACCUGCCACAACGACAACGACGACGACGAAACCUGCUGUGGCAUACAACGCAGAACUACUGAUAAAAUUUGAAAAGGAAAAAAAGCUGCUGGAUGCCAAAAUUUUAGAACUCACUGACCUUGCAGAGUCAAGGGGAAGAGAGAUAGAAAGAUUAGAGGGAGUGUUAGUUAACGAGAGAGAGAAAAACAGAGCUGAAGAGAUAUCGCAGUUGAAAUCUGAGAAUCUCGCCUUAAAGCAGCAGCUGAGGGAGAACGGCAUCUCAAUUGAGCACUUCACAGACUCUGAAAAACUUUUCCUACUAGAAAAAAUGAUGUCCAGAAAUGGAGGAAGGGUUCAAAGUGUCAAUGAACAUUCGACCGUGAACUUGAACCCUGACCCGAUUGAUCAGGCAGAUUUCAGGCUAUCGUCUGAGGAAUUGAAUGAUAUAGCUCAUAGAUAUCGUACACUAUACAGUAAUAAUGAUCACGACAAUGAUGUCGAUGAUGACGAUAAUGAAGACAAUUCGGACCUGAUAGCGACGACGAACCUAGACAGACACAACAGCAUGAGUGUUGAUAGGGGCUUAAAUGCCGUCAGUGUGGCUGACCUCCGUGAAAGACUAGUGCAGAUGCAAGAGUCCCAGCACAGCGUCAACGAAGAACUACAGGCCACCCUGCAAGAGCUGAUUGACCUGCAAGAGAACGUCAACCAGCUAAACGAAGUGAACGACAGUCUCAAGAUGGAUAGGAAGAUUUUGCUCGAGUCUCUCUGCUCCACUACUGAAAAGUUGGAGAACUCUAGAAGACAGGUCGACAACCUCAAAUCUCUUCUGAUUUCUAAUCCUCUUUUGAUGCACCAUAACAACGACAAUGGCGACACUAACGACAGCAGCAGCUGCAGUAACAGCAAAGCCGCCAGCCGACAGCAAAGCGUCGACAGAGAAUCGCAAUUGGUGGCAUUGGUCAACUGUGCUGAGCAGGAAAAAGAAGAACUACUUUUGAAACAGGCGGAAUACGAAAAGAUGGUAGGAACAAUGGAGGUAGAGAACAGAGAGUUGAGAGAUGCUGUCCACAGCCUACGUUGUAACGGCAGCUGCUUGGCUGCUUCCGUUGCUACUGCUGCUGCUGAUGAUGUCGAUGAUGAUUGCGAUGGUGGUAGAGUUAAAAUAUGCGACAGCUGUCUGAAUAAUCACAAUAUCAGUCAUCAUAACUCCACUGCUUGCUAUGACACUCAAGGCGGCGAUCAACAGCAGCAGAAACUCCAGCAACAAGUCAACAUGUUGACGGAACAGUUGAAAGAGCAGGCAGACACUGUUGAGUUGUUGCAGGGUAACUUGAGUGCGGCUCAGUUGGCGAAAAAUUUGCUGAAAAGAGAACUGAACACUUGCAGACUGAAUUUUAACGUAGAGAAAGAUGAAUGGCUGCAAUUUCAGAGUGACUUACAGAUAGCAGUUGUUGUUGCCAACGAGAUCAACAUCCAGCUGGAGGAGGAGGUUGACAGGUUGAGGAAUGAAAAAAAAUUACUGCAGCAACAGACGCUAAGUAAACAUUCCAACAACACCAACAACAACAAUAACAUUAACAACAUCAACAACAGCAAUGACAUUAAUGCCAUCAACAACAAAAUCAACGACAUUAACUGUGCCAGCAGCUUGAAAACCAACAUCAACGGUCACGAUCCUAGCACGAAAACCACCACCAACAACAAUAACAACAACAACAGCAACAACAACAAAAACAUCAGCAUUAAUAACAUUAAGAUCAUCGAUUACAAUGACAUCAAUACGGCAAUAAAAUACAUUGACGACGACGAUGAUGAUGACAAUAAUAUUGAUAAGAAUAAUAAUAGUAGCGAAGAAGUGCCUAUCUUAUCCAACGCUAACAACGACAUCAUUAUCAACAUCGUGGCUAACGUCCACCCCGAAGCAAACGUCACAAAGAUUGACAUCUCAUGA